AUGAAAAUCAAUAAAUUAAUAAUAUUUGCAUUAUUUGUUUUAUUAUUUUCACUUUUUUCAUUAUCAAUUUCACAAUCAAAUGAUGUAACAACAGAUAGUGAAGAAUUUAUAAAUUAUGAUGGUGGUAGUGAAGCACCAGAAGAUAAAAUUCCACCACCAACAACAACAACAACAGAUAAUGAUAAAAUUCCAUCAACACCAACACCAAAGAAACCAAAUAAUUGGAUUUUAGAAAGUUGUUUUAUUUUAAUAAUUAUUGGAUAUAUUGCAAAUUAUUUCAUUGGAUCAAAAGCAAAUCGUGAAUUAAUUCAAUUAUGGGGAGCUAAAUUACAACCAGUUUUCAUGUCAAAUUUUUCAAAAACAGGUAAUAGAGGUGAUUUCACAAUUUUAAAAGUGAAUCCAUCUUCAUAUUCAUUCAUUGCAACUGGUAGAAACAAUUGUUUUGGUUUACAAGCUUCAUUGGAUUUAAAGAAAAGACAUGAUCUAUUCUCAAUUUUAUUAGAUUUCAUUGGUUAUGGUAAUCCUGAUCGUAUGACUCUUGAAAUUGCAAUGAAUAAAGAAAAUAUGGAUCCAUUAGUAUUUGCAUUAGUAAAAACAAAAUCAUUAAAGAAAUUUAAAUCUGAUAAUAGUGAUGUCGAUUUAUUCUGUUCAAAAUAUACAGGAUCAAGUAUUAAUACCUUAUCAAAUAGUUUUGGAGUUUUAUGUGACACUGAUAUCCUUCCAUCAUUAUUAUUAAAACAACAAGAAAUUCAAGUUAUCAAUCAAAAUGAGAAUUUAAUUGAACUUUUUCACUUUACUGAUCAUAGUUUAAUUAAUCCAAAAUACCCAAAAGCUCUUAAAUUUGUUUUCAAAAUUCCAAAAGCUUCUGAAAUGGAUAAAUUAGUACUUUUAACUAGAGUAGCACUUCAUUACAUUGAUGUAGUUGCUAAUCUUGAAUUACCAAAAAAUUAUAAAGCAAAAGCAGAUAAACUUAGAGAUAAAGCAAAAGAAAAUAUUGAAAAACAAGCUCAAUUAGAAAGACAAGAAGAAAUUCAAAAAAAGAAAUUCGAAAAGAAAUUAAAAGAAAAAGAAGCAAUUGGUAAAUUAACUCCUGAACAACAAAGAAAGAAAGAUGAGAAAGAAUAUCAAAAACAACUUAAAAAGAGAACUUCUGGCGGUAAAACAAAGGUUAUCUUGGGUUAA